UCAACUCUUCUCACUUGCCGGUGUCUCCCCUCCCCUCUCUCUCGUUCCAAGCCAUUGAAAUUCCUCAAUUUUGUAACCCUAGAACCCUAGAUUAGAUUUGAUUAGGUAUUUUGUGCCGCAGGAUUGAAUUGGGUGGAAAUUUCUACCAGGUAUAAGCAUGGAAUGUUCUAAUUUAUGCAGUAAAGAUGAAUAGCGAAAGUGAGAAUCCAGAUUCGUCAUCUCUUCCUUCUUCCUCCGGGAGGUUUCUGGAAGCAGUUCGUCCUCAGCGAGACCUCGAGUCUAAUUGGACCGUCGAUUUGGCGAAGAACUUGGAGGAAUAUCUGCUCAAGAUUUGCUCGGGGCAGGUCUCCGGCGACGACGGUACCGUUCUCUCAGUAAAUUUUGCUGAAGCUGCAUUGCUGCUUCAGGGAUCUGUGCAGGUCUACAGUAGGAAGGUGGAGUAUUUGUAUUCACUGGUUCUCCAGGCUUUGAAUUUCAUUUCGCAUAAGAGUCAAGAAGAGCAAGCGGCAAAUGGUUCUCCUCAAUCAGGGGCUUCUGGUGCUCACAAUGCGGAAGCAGACACACAAGCAGGCGAUCCAUUUUGGAUUUCGGAUGAUGUUCCUGUGGAUCCAAAAAAUUUACUGGACAGUAAAGCUGUAUUACCAAGUCAGUUUGUAAAGCCGCCAUCAAAUCUUGUUGUGCUUGAAGGCGAAUGCUUAGAUGCUGGUGGUGAUGCCGGGGAGUUAGACUCAUAUCUGUUAGCAACGACUGAUCUCUACCGGGAAUUUAUUCUGCUGGACCCUCGUGAUGCUGUUGAAAUCGACAAAUUUCUUGAUUCUAAAUCUGGAAAAGGGCCAUCAUACAAGGGUAGCCUUUUGACACCUAACGGUGGCAAGGUCUUUCAAUCACCAUCGAGGCACUCUGGACAAAAUUCGUCAGCUCGAAAGGAAAAAGAUUGUAAUUUCAACAAAUCACCAUCUUUUGGUAAAGGAUUCGAAAAUAAUGGUUGCAGUACAGGGCGUUCUCCACUUGGCUCUGGCUUUCAUGCAGAUGUAAACGAUGGAUGUGGAUUUCCGGAGGGAUUUUCGGGACCUGGAGACAUGGAUGAUGAUUCUGAUUAUGAUGAUGACGAUCCAUGGAAACCUUUGGAUCCACAUGAACCAGGGAAUUUGAAAGUGAAACCGUACAAGAAAGCGAAACCUAAUAGGAGAGUAGAUUUCAAUUCAAAGAAACAAGUUUCUUUAGCAGCAGAGUUUCCGGUGGCGAAACUCCAUGGACUGAUCAGUGCCGAGUUUAAUGAAAUUUGGGAGGAAAAAUUUGGUGCCCUGACUAGACAUCAAAAAUCACAUUCGAUGUUUGAGAAGCUGAGGAAAUCACUCGUUGAAGGGGAAACAAAAGUUAACGAUGCCUUUACCAGUCCAGACAUUAAUGCUGAAGAAGAUGGAUAUGAUAGUGAUCAGGGUGGCUUGCCACCAGAAUUUGACAUUCCGGAUAAUAUAUUCGAUAAUGAAGAAGUGCUUUGCGGGCAAGAAAAGCAUGAAGAAACCAAUGCUCAAGAAAAUCUUGAAGAUCUUUGUAGAUCUCACUUGGAUUCUCUUCUUGCGACUCUUACUGAAAGUGAAAAGCAGACUGAAUUGGCUACUCGAGUUUCAACAUGGAAGCAAAAUAUCGAGAAAAACUUGGAAGAACAAGAUGCACGGCCGCCUUUCGAUAUCCACAUAUACGGCGAAAAGGUUUUGGAAAAACUAUCUUCCGAAGGAGAUGAUGAGGGGAACAACGAGUUGCCAUUCAUCGACGUGGUGAAAGGCCAAGAAAAGCACGACGUUGCCAGGACCUUUUCGGCUCUUCUGCAACUGGUGAACAACGGAGAUGUGGAUCUAGUUAAAAAUAAGACAACAUUCGACUCGGAAAUGAAUCCAUUCUCCAUUCGAUUGGUGAAGAAAAACAACGGCGGGCAGAAGAAGAAGGGAAUAUGGCUUCAAUCGGCGAAAAAGAGAGCUAAGUCGCCGCAAUUACUCAGGGAGCCUAAGGCUGCUGUUAAUUUAUCGAGCUGUAGAUUGUCCCAAGAUGUCGGAAAUGGUAGCAGUGACGGCAGCAGAGUCACCCCGGAGGGGAAGAAGCGACGCAAAUCGAAAGCGGUUGCGGUCGCUUCUCCUCCCUUGGGUAUGCAGUUUGAUUUUGUCGGAUGAGGAAACAUUCAUUCGAUCCCUGGUGUAUAUUUAACCUUUUUACUAUGAUGGGAUGGAUGGAUCGAUCAAUCUCUAUUGAUUGACUGAUGUCUGUAGUGUUAAAUGUGUUGCUCAUUAACUCACAUGUUUACUUGUAGUAGUAAAAGAUUGUCUUUCUUUUUUUAUACUAAUGUUAAAUUAUUAAUGUUGUAUACAGAGUGAUGAGCAAAAUGUUACUUUUUCUG